CUGCAUAAUUCCUCAUUUACGGGGAGGGGGGAUACUAAUGCAGCUACCUCGGAAACUUCCCCAGUACAAGUUGGCACUCCGCCAAACUGCUCGGGCUUUCCUUUCCGGGUCUUCGUCGUAAGAUGUAAACAACACUCAAAAGCCGAAGUGCCAGGCUCGGCGCCGCCAUGCAUCGUAAUUGCCCGUCAUUCAAGUAGCACGCGGUACCACCAGGACACAUAUUGGCGUUUCUAGCCGUGGCCAUUACAGUGAGGUGAGUCAGGCCGCGGUCUGAGCGUGCACACCACAGACAGCUUCAGCUACUGAUCACCCCUUACACCACUUUUUGCACUGAUAACCGACUCGCAAGAGGUUAGUUAGUUAACUGGAAUUGAAUAGAAGUGUUCGUGCACCGAGAAUUAGGCUGGCGCAGUAGUUUUUGGCCGGCGGAGGUGGCUGACGGACCUACUCUGUGAACUUGAGGUGGCAAGACUACAUAGCUAUGGGACAGGGUACAUCACGUCUCAAUUGGGUGUGCUCGUGUGAGGAUGGAAAAUUUAACCUCUCAGCUACAUACGAGGAGCAGAAGCUUAAGCCAACUGAAACUACUGCUGAAAAACAACAGAAGACCCAGAAACCAUCAGCAGGUAAGAUACAGCCCACCAACAUGUGCCACAUUUUAACAUCAAAGGACACUCUACUUCCCAUUAUGGAUGUGGAAAGCAGCAUGGAUGAACCUAACAAAAGUACAAAACUAAGAAGAACAUUCAGCUCAUGUGACCUGGUAUACACUAAACCUGCAGCAGAUUCCAGAAGACUUCUAAGUGGCCACAGUGGGGGAGCCAACAAGAAUAGCCAACAAUACGGAUCACAUGAGAUCCUAUCAUCUGGUGGAAGCAGUUCUAAUAACACUGAGUCAUCAGGACUCAGCCAGAGCAACUCAGAAAAUUCCCUCAUUUCCACAAAAGGUGUUGACUCAAAGUUGCACCGUGUGUUUGGAAUAUCUAACAUGUACAAGAUAAAACGAGAGCAGACCGACCGAUUGAAUGGGCAGAAAUCCAACAACAGUAUGACUUCUAGCCAACAUCCUUCCUUUGAAAGGAAAUCAAGUGUCAACUCAUCAGCAUCCACGGCUUCAACAGAAAGGAAGUCAAGCAUUGGAGACAUAAGCUCUCUGAGUGAAACGAUAAUGAAAAAAAAGAAAGAUGCAAGAAGAGCUGAAAUUGUGGCAGCUGUAACCAAGAGACUUUAUAGUGCCAGGAAGAAGGUGGAGAUGAAGCCUGAACCUGCAGGGGUGGUGCCAGAGCAGGAGAAUAAUCAAAAAGACAAUGAUGCAGAGCCUGAUGAACUGAAGUUGUGCCAACGAGCACGAACAAGACUUCAAGAACUUAGCAAAAAAGCCCUUCAUGCACAGCGGGGCAGGAUGCGACAUUUACGUGAUGUGGAGGCCCAGACUGACUUUGAUGUCCAUGUGUUGCGUGUGAAAGAAGUGGCUGUGAGCACAGAGGAGCCAUACUAUGGCCCUCAUAUGUUCUUUACAAACAGGAGAUUCUUGUUCACCAGUUACACUGAUCUUAGUAUCAGACAGGGACCAUCAUGGAGCAGUCCGUCGAUCAGAAACGAUACCAAAUUCCCAAAUGAAGACAGCUUUUCUGAUGAUAGUCUGGAUUCUACUCAUGAGAUGGACACUACAGAAGAAGAGAAACCUUCUCUCUGGAAUGUCAUCAGCAUCUCAUCUGGAAAGCAAUUCAAGACCAACGUAGUUGACAAUGAGCAAGAUCAAACUUUCAGAAGCAUCUCAACACAAACAUGUUCCCAUCAGAAACACAUCAAAAGCUUGGUACAGAAUGAUAUAGAUUUGGAACCAGACUGUUUCACUGUUUGUUCAAAUGACAUGGUGAGUCCCAGACAGGUGGACAUAUGUGAACAUAAAUGUACUGAUCAGCCAACAAAAGUGGCCAAGUUCAAUCAACCAUCAUCUUGUCUUCAUAAAGAUACACAGCAACAGGCAGACUCAAAUAUGUGUGGAUGUGAACCAUCAGACAUGGACAAAGGAAUCAUCAGAGAAAAUAAACCUUUACAGCUAACUGAUCAUAAUUUGUACACUAUUACAGAGAACAGUGAAUACAGUGACAGUAAUGAAGUAACAUCUGGUGAUUAUGACAGUUCAUAUUCUUCCAGUGAACCUAUGGCAUUAACUGAGAAAACAGAAAAUAAUCCAGGUGUAACAAUUUCUUUUCCAGACACCUGUUCAUGCAGAAAUGUCAAAUCACCUUGUAGAACCUGGCAGUUACCUGUAUGUGAAUCCUACAAAUCUUUUACUUUACCAGAUCUAAUGACAUAUCCUCACAUUCCAUGUUGUGAGGCAUCUGUGGCACACACAAAACACAAUUAUGACUGGCAAUACUGCAAAGACAAAAUGUUGCAGACAACUCCAGAAUUGUACAAGCACAGUACAGAGGACAGCACUUGUAUGUUACACAAAAAUUCAAUUCAACCUACAGCAGGGAGUGGUUCCAACACAGAUAUAAGAAAAUGCAGUCAGAAUACAUCAACACUAUUCGAGACCAAAAGGAUAACUUGCAGGCAAUGUAACAUACCACUUACACAUUCAUACAAUAGUAAUGAUAAUAGCAAGUUUCUACCAGCACACAGUACUAAAACAGAAGGCACUCAAUAUGAUUCAAUGAACCUGCAAGUACAUGUUGGCACUCAAACUGGAAUAACAGAGCCACCGAGCACAACUAUAUGGCAUUUUUCACCACUUGGAGCUUACCCUAAAUUGCUGCAGCUGUCCAAUUCAACCUUACACUUGGAGGAUUAUACUGCUGUCUUUAUCUCAGGUCAUAUACCACAACCAAUAAUUAUGAAGCCAGUUCAGUGGUGCAGUAGCAAACCAUCAGAAACUGUGGCAGUACAGACGGAUAAAAAUAUGGAACAGAGAUCUACUGAUGAUGAUGUUCAGUGUACCAUGGAAUCACAGUUUGGUGACGAGAUGCAAGGAACUGGGGCACGAAGCAAGGUGCCAGCUUCACAAGGAAGGGCAGAAGUGAAGUCCAAUUCCAUACACAAAUCUGCUUGUUAUCAAUCAACAUCCCAGCAAAUGACCAACAGACAGAUCACAGAGUCUUCCAGUGAGGGGUCACAAACAGGCAAGGCUGCUAGCAGUACAGCUGCAUCUGUGCUGUUGGACUUGGAGAAUUUCUCUGAUGAUGAGGAUGCCCCAUGUCUCCCUACUGCAACUGUGAUUCCAGUUCAAGAAACAGUGGCUUCAGGCAGCCAACACUGGACAGAGAUAAAGAACCUCAUUCUUGGUAAAGGCAAAGAUGUAUUUCCAUACAACAUAAUAGAGGAGGAAAACUGUUUAGUCCAAGAAACUAAAGACACUAAGAAGAAGUGUGUGUCAUGGUCUGAUUUAAGUGGUCGUGGGGCACUGCACACAGAGAUGGUGUUUGCAUCUGACCAUAACUUGUAUGACUCAUCACAAGUCCAACUCAGUAAGAUCACAAAGAACUCAUUAUUCAAUGUUAUUUCCACUGAGCCAUGGAGAUACACUAUUGAGAGCAGACAGUCAUCUCAGCCAAAAAGUCAGAGGUGGCAUAACAGGAAAUUCCAUCAGAGCUGGAGUAUAAUAGAUGUAAAGGAACUCAGAGACAGGAAGAUAGAGGGAAAGCUGGACCUAGCAGCAUUCCUCAGAGAGGCCAGUGCACUGGUACACAACCUGAGUCAGGCAACCCUCUUGCUAGAGAAGGGACGUCAACUGAAUAUCACAACUUCUGCUCCACAUGCAGAACAAAAUGACACCCUCAACACUGUGCACAAUGAGUUGUGGGUGGCUGCAGACAGUGCUUCUUACCACAGACAAUCCCCACUCCUUAAGACAGAAACAAACUACAUUAGUUCCAUGUCUUUGCCAUCAGUGACACCAAGUGAUGGGAAUGACAGUGGUAGAGCUAGGAUUAGAAAGAAUUUUACAAGGUGUCAAAGAAAUAUGAGUACAUCUAAAGACUGUAACAUAGGUACACAGAUGGAAUUAGAUCACAUUAAUCACAAGACCAAGUCAAAUUUGUCUAGUGAAGAAAGGAGUUUUGAAUAUGAAAUGAAUCAUGGAGCAAGUGAGCAGUUACUAAGUCUCUCCAUUCAAUUCACUGUUGUCUAUUGUGGUAUGACAAGUCAGAGUGCAGGUACAGCACUUGUAUUUGAUGUACAGAGCAAGAGACAACAAUAA